AUGGCGGACUCGCAAACGACGGGUCUGGGCGAGGAUACGGACAAGGAGGACAGGGGGAGCGGCGUGAGGACGUCUAGGCCGUUCCGGGCCAAGUGGAAGGACGGCGGUGGGGACAGCCUGCGCUUCACUGACAAAAAUGGCAGUCGGAAGGGAACGAAACGCGACCUUUCAGAUCUGUCUCUGGUCAGGUUUGUAACCACCGAGCUCACCAGAGGCUACUUCCUGGAGCACAACGAGGCCAAAUACACCGAGCGCAGGGAGAAGGUCUACACCUGCCUCCGCAUCCCGAAGGAACUGGAAAAGUUGAUGACGUUUGGCUUCUUCCUCUGCUUGGACGCCUUCCUCUACGUCUUCACGCUCUUACCUCUAAGAGGGUUGCUGGCCUUACUUCAGCUUCUCACAUUGCCGUGCUGCGGUCUCAACGGCGGGCGUCUCCUGCAGCCGGCCCAGGUGUGCGAUGUGCUGAAAGGCUUCAUCAUGAUCCUGUGUUACUCCAUGAUGAGCUACGUCGACUACGCCAUGAUGUACCACCUCAUCCGCGGCCAGUCCGUCAUCAAGCUCUACAUCAUUUACAACAUGUUGGAGGUGGCCGACCGCCUCUUCUCGUCUUUCGGCCAGGACAUUCUGGACGCGUUGUACUGGACGGCCACGGAGCCCAAAGAAAAGAAGCGGGCGCACAUAGGCGUCAUACCGCACUUCCUCAUGGCUGUGCUCUACGUCUUUCUCCACGCCAUCCUCAUCAUGGUCCAGGCCACCACGCUCAACGUGGCCUUCAACUCCCACAACAAGUCGCUCCUCACCAUCAUGAUGUCCAACAAUUUUGUGGAAAUCAAGGGAAGCGUUUUUAAGAAGUUUGAGAAGAACAACCUGUUCCAGAUGUCCAACAGCGACAUAAAGGAGAGGUUCACCAACUACAUUCUCCUGCUUAUCGUCUGUCUGAGGAACAUGGAGCAGUUCUCCUGGAAUCCCGACCACUUGUGGGUGCUGUUUCCCGACGUGGCCAUGGUGAUCGCCUCCGAGGUGACGGUGGACGUCGUCAAGCACGCCUUCAUCACCAAAUUCAACGACAUCAGCGCCGACGUUUACGGAGAGUACCGAGCCAGUCUGGCCUUUGACCUGGUCAGCAGUCGACAGAAAAACGCUUACACAGACUACAGUGACUCGGUAUCCAGGAGAAUGGGCUUCAUUCCUCUUCCCCUCGCACUGUUGCUUAUCCGUGUGGUGAGCAGCUCCGUGAAGAUCCACGGCUCGCUCUCCUUCAUGUGCGUGCUGCUCUUCUAUUUCGGGCUGAUCACGUUGAAGGUGCUCAACAGCAUCAUUCUGCUGGGCACGUCCUGCGCCUUCGUCAAGGAGGCCAACAUGGAGGAGAAGCUCUUUGAGCCGCCGCCCUCGGCCGUCUCUAGCCGCGUCAACUCUCGGGCGCACCGCGCCAAGCCGACGCACGGGGCCGCCGGGCAAGAAGCCACGACGGAUAAAACCGGGAUCCCCUUGGCGUCCGUUAGCCCGCAACCCGCCUACGUGUCGGAGAACUCCGCAUCGGCCGCCGCCGCCUCCUCGCUUCCCAAAAGCGACUCGGACGUCUUCCUCACCACGCCCGACGAGGAGGACGACGUCAUCAAGAUCAUCAACACGGACACGGGCUUGGAGGAGGACGCGGCGGCGCGCCGGACCCCCAAGAAAGACUUGCUGGAGAUCGACCGUUUCACCAUCUGCGGCAACCGCAUCGACUGA